AUGUCGAAAAUUAAAAGUAAAAGUCACCAAAUGUGCUGUGUGGUUAAUUGUUCAAAUAAACAAAGUAAAAUUGAAUCAAUUAAAUUAUUUCGAUUUCCAUCUAAGCCUCAUGACAUUGAUCAAAGAAAGAAAUGGAUAAAUGCUGUUAAACGAAAAAAUGCUGAAAAUAAACAAUGGGAGCCUACUUCCUAUUUCAGAAUAUGUAGCACCCAUUUCAUUGGUGGUCAAUAUUCCAAACAUCCUCAGAGCCCAAUAUACAGUCCUACAUUAUUUCCUACUAUUUACAAACAAAGCAAUUUACCAAAAGAGAGUACCGACCGCUUUGAUCGUCACAUUAAAAGAUCCAUCUACAAUAACAGUACAUCUGAAGUAUCAAAUAUAGAUUUAAAUAUUUUACAUGAAUCCGACAAUUUACCAGAAUCACAAAAUAAUAAUAAUAGUAUUGUUAAAAAAGAUGUAGCUAUUCAAUGUUCUUCAGUUAUUGUGAAUGAUACUUUUGAAUUUAGUUGUGAAUUUUCUAACAACAGUGUUGGUACUCAAGCAAAUAUUGUUAGUAUUGAAAUUUUAUACUUUAAACCUGUAAUGGUAGAUGCUAGUGUAGGUUGUAUAGAUUCAGCAUUAGAAUAUUUUUGUGGAGAUUUUUAA